UCCAUUGAGAGAGCUAAUCCCGAGUCGUUGAAACUUGAAAUAUUCUAUUGGAAAAGAGUUGAUGGUAAGAAAUCGUAACUGCUCGGAAAUAGGGUAAAAUUUAUCAUCGUGGGAACACCGUUUGUUAAUUGGCGUCUCUUAUCGGAUGGUUAUUUAUCAAAGCAACUGAGAAUUACUGUUGGGAUAGAUUUCUACAGCUCGGCUCGGGAUGGGAUGGUCAAUGGUGGAGUGUCUAUUAGGAAACUCGAACUCCUGAGUCUUGAGGGGUGAAGUGAUUUUCGCACAUUCCAGUCAUUCAUUUAUUAUCGGGUGGCAUGAAAGUAUGGUAAUCACGAGCGCGAUCUUCUCUUUUCCGUCCAUCCGUCAAUAAAAGAAAGCAAGCAGGAGUGCGAUAGGAGAAGUUUUUAAGAGAACAAACCGGAGUCGCAUAGUCUCAAUACAGUCGUCAAGUGAUGGCGUAAGAUUGCAUGAAAACCGCAACUUAAGAGGCAGGAAUUCAGGCUCUUUCUCCCUUUCUCGCUCGAGAAGGCGUCGAGAAUGUCGCGACCGCUUCAGCGUAGUAGUAUAUCAGGUGGUGGACGGAUCGUGGAGAGCAGCCGUGACUCCUGGGACUCUCAGAUGAAAUCCAGAAGUCCCAGAACAGAGAAGGAGGACGUGGAUAGGAAUCGCUCUUCUCCUGAUCACACUUCUCUAUCACUUCGUUUCCUUGUAAAUUUGUUUUUUCCGGACAACUCUUCCUUCAAAUCAGGUCUUACCGAUAAUGGUUUUGGAUCUGACCCCUUCAACAUGGGAAGUUCAAGAAGUCGGCAGAACCUAACAUUGCUUUUCCUCAGAAUCAGUUUAGUUUUGAUUGUGAUUCUUGCUCUUUCUGGAUCUCUUUGGUGGACAAUCUCCAUCUCGACGUCCUCGAGAGGCUAUAUCUUCAGGGGUUAUAGGCGGCUACAGGAGCAACUCAUUUCGGACCUUUCAGACAUUGGGGAGCUCUCUCUGGGUGCUGCAAGGUUGACAGAGCUAGAUUACUGUUCCGAGGAGUCUGAGAACCAUGUGCCGUGCUUCAACAUUUCUCAGAAUCUUGAAUUGGGUUACUCUGAUGGCAAUGAGUAUGACCGUCAAUGUGGACAUGGAUCGAGGCAGAGUUGCCUAGUUGUUCCUCCCAGAAACUAUAGAGUUCCUCUAAGGUGGCCUACUGGAAGAGAUGUCAUCUGGAUUGCGAAUGUGAAAAUUACUGCCCAAGAGGUCCUUUCUUCUGGCAGCUUGACCAAGAGGAUGAUGAUGUUGGAGGAAGAUCAGAUAUCCUUUCGUUCAGACUCUCUUAUGUUUGACGGGGUUGAAGAUUACUCUCAUCAAAUAGCUGAAAUGAUUGGGCUGAGAAAUGAAUCUAAUUUCAUUCAGGCUGGGGUUAGAACUGUCUUGGAUAUUGGAUGUGGCUAUGGCAGCUUUGGAGCCCAUCUCUUUUCAAAGCAACUAUUGACCAUGUGCAUUGCAAACUAUGAAGCUUCAGGGAGUCAAGUUCAACUAACUCUAGAAAGAGGUCUUCCUGCUAUGAUUGGUUCUUUUACUUUAAAGCAAUUGCCAUAUCCUUCUCUUUCCUUUGACAUGGUGCAUUGUGCAAGAUGUGGCAUUGACUGGGAUCAGAAAGAUGGUAUUUUCUUGGUUGAGGUCGAUAGAGUUCUGAAACCAGGUGGAUACUUUGUUUGGACUUCACCUAUAACUAAUGCUCAAUCCCUUCGUAACAAACAGGAUCAAAAGAAAUGGACAAUUGUUCACAAUUUUGCAGAAAACCUCUGCUGGGACAUGUUGUCGCAACAAGAGGAAACUGUUGUUUGGAAGAAGACAAGCAAAAAAGAUUGUUAUGCUUCUCGGAAGUCAGGUUCCGGACCUCCUAUCUGCAGUAAAGGUCAAGAUGUUGAAACUCCAUAUUAUCGACCUCUCCAGCUUUGCAUCGGAGGAACUCACAGUCGCCGAUGGGUUCCUAUUGAAAGAAGAACAACCUGGCCAUCUAGGUCUAAGUUGAACUCAAGUGAACUUGAAAUUCAUGGUGUACAUCCAGAAGAGAUUGCUGAGGAUGCUAUAAACUGGAACUCAGCAGUUCGUAAUUACUGGUCCCUUCUCUCACCUUUGAUUUUCUCAGAUCAUCCUAAGAGACCUGGUGAUGAGGAUCCUUCUCCGCCUUUUAAUAUGCUGAGAAAUGUACUGGACAUGAAUGCUCGGUUUGGUGGUUUAAAUUCUGCGUUGCUAGAUGCUGGGAAAACUGUUUGGGUAAUGAAUGUAGUCCCUACAAGUGGACCAAACUACCUUCCUCUGAUCCUUGAUAGGGGAUUUGUUGGUGUCUUACAUGACUGGUGUGAAGCAUUUCCAACAUACCCUAGAACUUAUGAUAUGGUGCAUGCUGAAGGGCUUCUAUCACUUCAAACUAGUAAACAGCAUAGGUGCACCAUGCUUGAUUUAUUUGCUGAGAUAGACAGGCUUCUUCGUCCAGAGGGAUGGGUGAUACUUCACGACACAGCCUCUCUUAUUGAAUCAGGAAGAGCCCUUGCAACACGAUUAAAAUGGGAUGCACGGGUGGUAGAACUGGAGAGUAACAGUGAUGAGAAACUUCUUGUCUGCCAAAAACCUUUCUUUAAGAGACAACAAAAGUAAAUACGAAUUUUUUACAAGCAAAGCCUUCAGAGAUUCAUAUCAUAAGAUAAAUUAUUUUUCUGGAUGUUAGUUAAUCAUCAUUAAGGUACAACCGUGGACGGAAGAGUUGGGAAUGAUUGUUGAACAGAGGUAAACCAACAAGCAGAGAAAGGAGAGGCAACAAUGAGACUGGUGGUGGCGACCUACCACAAACUUCUAUGGAACCGCAAGGCGUCCAUAGGACCAUGUAAUUAGGGGGAGAUCAGGAGAGGGGAUACAAUGAUAGAGUUUUAACUUCUCUGUUAUAGCCCAUUAUAACAAUACAACCCCGAUGAAUGAUAUAUAUAUAGAUUGUUAAGAAGAUGUCAGAAUAAACAAGCAUUGCUUUACUGUAGUAUAUAUUAAAGGCUGUCCAAUGCAUUUAUGUAAGGAAUUCUUUUAUUCUAUUUUUUUCUUGUUUAUCUUUUUUUCUUUAGUACAACUCUUAUAAAUUGUUAGUAAGUUGGCGGCAUAAAAAAGUGAUGCUCGCUGUAUUAUCUUGAA